UUGCUUGAGCAGCAGUUCAAAUCUGAAGUUGCUUUGCUUUCACGUCUCUUUCACCCAAACAUAGUUCAGUUUAUUGCAGCUUGUAAAAAACCGCCAGUGUACUGUAUCAUAACAGAAUACAUGUCACAAGGAACUCUGAGGAUGUAUCUGAACAAGAAAGAGCCGUACUCUCUUUCAAUUGAAACAAUACUAAGGUUAGCUCUUGACAUAUCUAGGGGUAUGGAGUACCUUCACUCGCAAGGCGUCAUCCACAGAGAUCUCAAGUCAAAUAACCUUCUUCUCAAUGAUGAGAUGAGGGUUAAGGUGGCAGAUUUCGGCACAUCUUGUCUCGAAACAAGGUGCCGGGAGACCAAAGGAAACAUGGGAACGUAUCGUUGGAUGGCGCCAGAGAUGAUUAAGGAGAAACCUUACACUCGCAAAGUUGAUGUGUAUAGUUUUGGUAUUGUGCUUUGGGAACUCACAACUGCUUUACUUCCCUUCCAAGGAAUGACCCCUGUGCAAGCUGCUUUUGCUGUUGCUGAGAAGAAUGAGAGGCCACCACUGCCGGCAAGUUGCCAGCCAGCACUAGCACACCUCAUAAAGCGUUGCUGGGCGGCGAACCCAUCGAAGAGGCCGGACUUCAGUGACAUAGUGACCACUCUUGAGAAGUACGAUGAAUGUGUGAAGGAGGGACUUCCCCUAACUCAUCAUUCAAGACUUGUCAGCAGAAACCUCAUUGAACGCUUAAAAGGCUGCGUCUCCAUGAGUUCCUCCAUACCUGUACAUGCUUAACUCCCUCCCUUCCAUACCCCUUCCUCCAAUAAAGAACACCAAAAGUGUGGGCUUCGUUUAACUGGAAUUACUUAAACCCAAAAGGCCGUAUGCAGAAUGCUAGCUAUAUUUUGUUUGGUUAGGCCAUCAAUAGAACCAGCUGCGCCUGCAAUAGGCAUUGAAGAACACCGUUAAUUGUUUGUUGGAUGAGAUAACAAACCGAAAAUGCAGCAAUUCACUGUGAAAAUUGUCACAGAAUAUUGCAAAAUCUAGCUCAGCCAACUAUAUCUUUGUAUUCAUUAAGACUCAUAUGGAGUCCAAAUGUAUAAGGUUGUAGCUGUUAAUCUUGUGUCACUAACUGUAAAUUUGUGAUUGUUAUUUCAAGUAAUAAGUAGUUAGUCAUAUAAGCAAGGCGAGUUGCUCCUGGAAGAUUCUGAAAACAAAUUAAAAGCAUCUAGAAUAUCGAAUCAAAAUCAUAGUAAUAUUGAUUAUUGAAUUUUCAUA